UCACAGCAGAGUGGCGGAAGCGCGAAGGGAGGCGUGGCGGUAUUGCUUUACGGCUGGCCGCGGAAUGAGCCUCUACGACGUAUUUCGGGGUUUCUUCGGCUUCCCCGGGGAGCGGAGGUGAGGCUCUGGGAAAUCAGGAUCCUCCUCGCUUCUUAUUUUAUGCGCAAAUAUUUUGUCCCCUCUCCUCCUCUGAGCUUUUCAAAGCUUGGCAGGCGGAAAUCCCACCGGGGCAGCUUCCCUUCCAACACCUUGGGGCUACACCGGGCGAGUUUCUGCCUGCCUUGCAGCUGGCAAAGCGAUCGCAUUAUUUACUAAGGCCUCAUUCCAAGCAAUCCGCCUAUUUGGUGACGUUUUAACGACGUGUGGGUAUCCUAAAAGGUAAAGGGUAAAGAGACCCCUGACCAUUAGGUCCAGUCGUGGCCGACUCUGGGGUUGCGGUGCUCAUCUCACUUUAUUGGCCGAGGGAGCCGGCGUAAAACUUCCGGGUCAUGUGGCUGAACCAGAGCAGCACAUGGAAACGCCGUUUACCUUCCCGCCAGAGCGGUACCUAUUUAUCUACUUGCACUUUGUGCUUUUGAACUGCUAGGUUGGCAGGAGCAGGGACUGAGCAACGGGAGCUCACCCCGUCGCAGGGAUUCGAACUGUCGACCUUCUGAUAGGCAAGCCCUAGGCUCUGUGGUUUAACCCACAGCGCCACCCGCAUCCCCUGUGGGUAUCCUGCCCUUCCCCAAAAGCAGCUGGAGGGUCCCCGACUCCCCUUGCAACAACCCUUCGAGGUAGGCUGCACUGAGGGAUAUGGGCUGGCCCAAGCCCCGCCCCACAUUUUAUCCCCAAGUGGAGAUUUAAACCUGGGUCCAUCCAUGUAAUCGUUUUUAGCCAUUUUUAUGUACAGUGGUACCUCGGGUUAAGUACUUAAUUCGUUCUGGAGGUCUGUUCUUAACCUGAAGCACCACUUCAUCUAAUGGGGCCUCCUGCUGCUGCCGUGCCGCCGGAGCACGAUUUCUGUUCUCAUCCUGAAGCAAAGUUCUUAACCUGAAGCACUAUUUCUGGGUUAACGGAGUCUGUAACCUGAAGCGUAUGUAACCUGAAGCGUAUGUAACCUGAGGUACCACUGUAGUUACAAGCUGUGGGUUGCAUUGUGCAUUACAUGCUAUUUUGAUUUUUGUUUAUUUAAACAGAGUACCGCCUAACAGUAAAUAAGCCCCGCUAAGGCUGAGCAAGCAUGUUAACAUUUAAAGCAACACCCCCCCCCCAUAACACCUCUCCCCUUCUCCCCAUUGUUGCUACAGGCCCCGCGACCCCUUCUUUGGGGGAAUCACACGGGACGACGAUGACGAUGAUGAUGAAGAUGGCUUUGGGGCGAGGCACCCUGGGGACUUUGGGUUCGGGUUCACAUUCAGCCCAGGCGGGAUGCGUUUCCAUGAUACCUUCGGGUUUGACGAGCUGUUCCAGGAUUUCAACAACCUCUUCCAAGAGAUGGGAGUGAGGAGUUUGCCUUCUGGGCCCUUUGGUAGGCGAGAUCUUGGGCGGCUUCAACUGGGUUUGCGUCCUGCUAGGGAUGGCCCGGUUUGGAGGGAAAUGGGCAAGUGGGAAUUGAACCUGGAACCUUCUUCUCUUCCCUUAAAAAGACUGCAAGAUUCUAGUCCUCAUGGUCCUGAAUAAAAGGGAGCAACUCUCCAGAUAUUCAGACGGCGGUUUCUCCGCAGAUUCUGUGCCCCUGAGCUGCAGCCUUAACCCCAGAAUAAAUAAAAUCAAAAUGAACAAUUGUUGUUUAUCUGCCCGCAGAUUUCCCAGAGCCACCGGCACCAUCGCCUGAGAAGAGGCAGACUCUGCGGGAUUUCAUGCUGAAACAUCCGGAUAGCCAGAGGUCCAGCAGCAGAGCCCUAGAGGACGACUCAGGCCCCACAGCUCCAGAGAGGAGGCCCUGGCAGCCGUUCCAAGGGGUGUGUGGUGCUCUGAACCCGGGUCCAUCCCUGUUUGGUACCCCAUUCUGCUACAGGAAAGGCUCCCAGAUUGGCUUAUGUAAUAAUAAUAAUAAUAAUAAUAAUAAUAAUAAUAAUAAUAAUUUUUAUUUAUACCCCGCCCUCCCCAGCCAAUACUGGGCUCAAGGCGGCCAACAACCAAUAAUAAAAACAAGUUGAUUAAAAUACAAUUUAAAAAACAAGAUUAAAAUGCAACAUUAAAACAUUAGGAUGUAGCCUCUUUACAGGAGGAGAAAGGAAAAAGAAAGAGGGGGAGGGAAUCAAACUGAUUCUAAGCCAAAGGCCAGGUGGAACAACUCCGUCUUACAGGCCCUGCGGAAAGAAAUCAGAUCCUGCAGGGCCCUGGUCUCAUGAGGCAGAGCGUUCCACCAGGCCGGAGCCAGUGUUGAGAAGGCCCUGGCUCUGGCUGAGGCUAAUCUAACUUCCUUCGGGCCUGGGACCACUAGGGUGUUGCUAUUUAUGGACCUUAAGGUCCUCCAUGGUGCAUACCAGGAGAGGCAGUCCCGUAGGUACGAGGGUCCUAGGCUGUGAAGGGCUUUAAAGGUCAUUUAAUCAUUUAAAUAUAAUCAUUUAAAUCAAAGAAUCCCUGCCCGCAGGCUUGCAUCCCAAGAAAAAAACACAGCACACGAGGGGAAAGGGACAGGGAGGGAAGAGGAAAAAAGCAAACUCAGGUUCCAGUAGGAGCUGCCCUGCUUCUCUUCUCUCCCACUGAGGUGGCCAAGUGGAAUGGUUGCAGUUUUGGCAGAGGAGGCCUGAUGUUUGGGGUUGGGCAGGUGCGGUGGCCAGAGAGAUGGGGACAGUCUGCUCCUUAAACAAAUCCCCAAAGUCAGGUGUCAGGUGCUGGUGUAGUUGCUCAAGAGCAAACAGGCAAGACUCCAGCCUCCUGUCUUUUCCAGGCUUUAUUAUCUGUACAAAGUAUUUACAAUUCAGAGUGUCGCAAGUCCAUGUCUGCUCAGUCGCUGGCAGAAUCUGGGAGUGGGCGGUCCUUAUACCUUCCCCAGCAUAACAUUCGUGUGACCCCCAUCCUUCUCCUCCCCUCUCUGCGCGCAAACCUACUGCACAAAGUGGGCAUUGGCAAAGGGGGACUUGAGGGUCUCCCUAUCAUCUUCUGAUCCCUGUGCCCCUUCCCCACUGGAGGCGGGGCUUCCCUCCUUGCCAGAGGAAGAACUGCUUUGCAAGAUCUUCGGAGGCUCCCUGUAACACAACUGCCCUUCCACCUCUCGCCUCUGAGCUGAUGGCGGUUCCCUGACAUCAGGGAUCAUUGCAAAGGAAUUACCUGGUUUGACCUGUUCUGCCCAUAAUGCAGAAUGAGUUGGAAGACUGAGGUGGUAGAAUUCGGGGUGGCACUACGUCACAUGACCGGUAGGAACACAUGAAGCUGCCUCGUUCUGAAUCAGAUUACUGGUCCGUCUAGUUCAGUUCUGCCAACACUGGCUGGCAGUGGCUGCCGAGGAUUUUUAGACAAGGAGUCUCUACCAGCCCUGCCUGAAGAUGUCACAAAUUGAACCUGGAACCUUCUGCAUGCAAGAAGCAGAUGCUCAACCACUGAGCUACUGCUCUGUCCCUUAAAUUUUGAGGGGCACGGUGAUAUUUAUGCACAAUCUCACAGAAACACAUGCUUAAAAAACACACACAAAAAGGACCUUUCCCUUAGGAAAUGAGCACGUCACAGAUAGGGCUGUUGUAGCAUUUCCCCCCGGAUAGGCUACUUUUCUACAGGCAGGGAGUUGUUUCCACAGAUGGAUGGAAUUUAGACCCUGCCCUUCCUCUCCAAGGAGCCCAAAGCAGCAAAGAGAUACACUAUAUAUAUAGCUAUGCCUCCUACUCUGGACGUGGGUGGUACUGUGGUCUAAACCACUGAGCCUCUUGGGCUUGCUGAUCAGAAGGUUGGCGGUUCGAAUCCCCGCGACAGAGUGAGCUCCCAUUGCUCUGUCCCAGCUCCUGCCAACCUAGCAGUCUGAAAGCAUGCCAGUGCAAGUAGAUAAAUCGGUACCGCUCCGGCGGGAAGGUAAACGGCGUUUCCAUGCGCUUUGGCUUCCAUCACGGUGUCCCGUUGCGCCAGAAGCGGUUUAGUCAUGCCGGCCACAUGACCCAGAAAGCUGUCUGUGGACAAACGCCGACUCCCUCGGCCUGAAAGUGAGAUGAGCGUCUCAACCCCUUAGUCGCCUUUGACUGGACUUAACCGUCCACGGGUUUUUACCUUUACUUUACCUUUAUAUACAGCUAUAACAAAAACAUUCUAAAACCAAUAACUAUUUAAAGGUAAAGGGACCCCUGACCAUUAGGUCCAGUCGUGACCGACUCUGGGGUUGCAGCGCUCAUCUCGCUUUACUGGCCGAGGGAGCCGGCGGGUCAUGUGGCCAGCAUGACUAAGCUGCUUCUGGUGAACCAGAGCAGCGCACAGAAACGCCAUUUACCUUCCCGCUGGAGCAGUACCUAUUUAUCUACUUGCACUUUGACAUGCUUUCGAACUGCUAGGUUGGCAGGAGCAGAGACUGAGCAACGGGAGCUCACCCCGUUGCGGGGAUUCGAACCGCCAACCUUCUGAUCGGCAAGUCCUAGGCUCUGUGGUUUAACCCACAGCACCAUCCAUGUCCCUAAUAACAAUUUAGAACAUUCUAAAAGCAACUACAGUUGAAAACAAUACUCCUUGCAGUGAUCUCAGGGUUGUUUGGAACAGUCUUCUUUGGCAACCAAUUAUCUGAGUGAAGAGUAGUGUUUUUACAAUUCCUCCCAGAAGUUAAUAAUGAUGGAGAGGGGAUUCCGCAACUGGGGAGCCAUCACUAAAAAGGCCCUGUCAUGGGUGAACGCUGAUUGGCUAGCCAGUCUUUCAAUCACUCUGCCAUAUCACUCCGCCUUCUCCUUCUGCAUUUGUUUUUUCCUUCUCCCAUCGCUCACACAGUUUUCACAGACCUUACUGACUGCGUUCUCUGUUGUUGUUUUUUUUACAGCUGCGAGAGACUGAUCCACCUCACCCAGAACUGAAAGAUACCCCAAAGGAAGACAGAGGUCAGAGGGCAAACGGUGGGGAGGGAACAGUGGUUGGUUUGGGGCAAAACAUCCGAAGAGCCACAUGUCUGGGUCUUUUGAGACCACCCAGAUUAUUCAUGAGUGUUUUGGAAAUGGCUGGGUGUCUGUAUAUAUGCGAGUGCAUGUACCGUAUUUUUUGCUCCAUAAGGCGCACCUGACCAUAAGGCACACCCACUUUGGGGGUGGGAUUCAAGAAAAAUUCGGCUCUUGGGGGCUUUUGCGGGAGGUGGGGGAAGUGAGAGAGUCUUGCAAAAGCCAGUGAUAGCCGCGCGAAACCUCCCCAGGGCAGUGGGAUGAAGGCUCUCCGCCGCCCUGCGGAGGCUUCGCGAGCUGCUCAGGAGCUUGUCGGGGCUGGUGGGGGAAGCCCGGGUCCCCCCCCCCAGCGCCAGGGACCACACAUUCGCUCCAUAAGACGCACAGACAAUUCUUAGAUUUUAAGAGGAAAAAAGUGCAUCUUAUGGAGCGAAAAAUACGGUAAUUUGCUGUGUGAUGCAAGAAUCUACCCUUUCGUUUUCGGAAGAUAAACCCUCCAUGUUCAGGAGCAGUAUAUCUGAGUAUGUGUUCAGUGACUGGGGAUAGCUAGGGUUGCCAUAUUUCAAACAGUGAAAAUUUGGACAGAAAACUUGUUGAGCAUUUGGUGGUGGGGCAAAAUUAUUGGUUGUUGUUUUAGUUUUGCCCAAGGUUAUAGAGGUUUUUGGGCAAAAUCGCAAACAAAACUACUGUUUUGGAGCUUUUUUUAUGGGAAAUCGCCAGAAACAGCACUGCCGACGUGAGUUGCUGUAUGACUGGAUUUUCCCAGACAUUUCUCUGAUUUUCACCAGGACACUGCUGCCAAAUAUUCGGGAUAUUCCAGGCACAUGGCAACCCCUAGGUAUGGCAGCAGAGGGCUGUUGCUUGUGAUCUCCCCAGAGGUGUCUGUUUGGCCUCUGUGGGGAGCCGGAUGCUGGACUUAGCCAUAUCUGUUUUGCCAGGACAACUCUUGUGCAUUCAAGUGGCUAGUCCAUAUUGUUGCAGAGGAAAGCAUAGAAGCUUCUCUCUCACUUAAAAAUGAUUCACACUCUAAGCAAAAGUGUUUUUACAUGCUGAAUUUGUUUUCUUAAGGGGGGAUUGUUGUGGGAACUUGGAAGUCUUGCAGGAAGAAUGGAGAGGGGUGUGUGAGUGUAAAAAUUGGCUCAGCUGAUACUCAGUCACAUUUUUAUUACAGAUCUGGACUCGCAGGUCACGUCCAAAGGGCUCGAGACUAUUCUUCCGCCAGCCCAACCCCGGUCGUAUUUCAAAAGCGUCUCAAUCACAAAAGUGGUAGCACCAGAUGGGGUACGUGCCAAAGCUUCUUUAAUCCUGUGUGUGUGUGUGUGUGUGUGUGUGUGUAUACCAGGUUAGCCUUAUGCAGAGUGAAAAGGUAAAGGGACCCCUGACCAUUAGGUCCAGUCGUGACCGACUCUGGGGUUGUGGCGCUCAUCUCGCUUUAUUGGCCGAGGGAGCUGGCGUACAGCUUCCGGGUCAUGUGGCCAGCAUGACUAAGCCGCUUCUGGCGAACCAGAGCAGCGCAUGGAAACGCCUUUUACCUUCCCGCCGGAGCGGUACCUAUUUAUCUCCUUGCACUUGGACGUGCUUUCAAACUGCUAGUUUGGCAGGAGCAGGGACCGAGCAACAGGAGCUGACCCCGUUUCGGGGAUUCGAACCACCGACCUUCUGAUCAGCUAGUCCUAGGCUCUGUGCUUUAACCCACAACGCCACCCGCGUCCCAUCUUAUGCAGAGUAGUCCCAUUCAAAAUCCAUGGACAUAACUCACUUAGGCUGAUUCAUUUUGAAGAUCUACUUUCAGGAGUACUUAGAUGGUACUUGUGUCCAUUGGAUUUUCACUCCUGAAAACUAGAUUCUCUGCCAAGGAGAGGUUGAGAAGCAAUGGUGAUGGAUAGGUUUAUUUCAUUGCGUUGAAUAUUUUAUCUGCAUUAAUUGGCCUUGGGUGGUGGUUGAAGGGUAACAUAUCAAUAUCUAAUAUUGUUCUAUUCUGUCACUUUGUGGGGCCACCUGUUGGUGGCCAUGCGAACUGUAACGUGAUGACACCCUGACAAUUUUAUUAUAUAGUGAUAUGUAUGUACUGACAAUUUAGCAAUAUGUUCUGCAUUCAGAUGAACUGAAGAGAGCGUCAAGCUGCAUUGUGAAGCUUACUUUUUAACCUGGCAGCAGGGGGUGCUGUUGAUUGACAUCUCUCAGGACCUUCUGGCUUUAAACUGAAAAAUGGCAAACUACACAAUGGGCUCAGUAAUUUAUUAAUCUUCAAAACAGUUUAGGAGGAAUUGACUCCUGAGGUCCCUGGCAAUGUAAAGGUCUCCUCUGAAUGUCGGCAUGCCAUUCAUCACACUGGAUCCUACUGGAUCCCCUUCUUAACGAGCAGAGUCUAUACUUCUACCCCAGGAAUCUUCCCCAAAUUUCACCCAUCCCUUACAUCCUCUUGCUUCAGACGGUGGAAGAGAGACGGACAGUGCGUGACAGUCAGGGUCACGAGGAGACAGUUGUCACCCGCCAGAGCGGAGGGGAGCCACGUCCGGGGUUUGACGGUGGCCGGCAAGGAGGCUCAGGUGAGUGCAAGGAGGGGGAGCCUGGUUCGAGAGAACUUUCAUCUCAUGCUGGCCUUUGAGGAUAAACGAGAAACAGAGAUUCGGCAUAGUGUGUGUUCUGCCGUUCCUGAGAAGCACACAGAAGCUUCCUAAGAAUCUCAACUUUUGCUUCUCCAGUUUUUUCUUUUUUUAAGUUUCUAGUCCUUAUGUGUCAGAAAAGUUAACUCUUCAUUCAAAGAAACAAAGCAGUCCAGGCCUAGCGAGCACAGCAACUCUUCCCAGCAGGUCUUGCCCCAGUGAGGCAGUUGUGAGGGCGGAAGGUCCCCCCCUUCUACCGCUCUCUAAGGCUCCUCCCCAGGGCCCUUUCCCAGCAAGCUGAGACUCCUUCGUCUUGUCACUCUUUGCUUCACCCUCUUCAUGCCUCUUCUGGUUCUGGGAGACCAGGAGGGAAGAGGAGCUGGUCACACAGCAGGAGGGGGAGACUCCCUGGCUUCUUCAGCAGACUGGCCACCCCCUCCUCUCCAGCCUCUGCUUCUGCCUCUGAGUCUGAACCGCUCUCUGCCACUGCCUCUUUCUGCUCACUAAACCCUGUUCCCUCUUCAUCUUUGGACACUUCCUCCUCCCAGCCUGCUCCCUCUAACCACCCAUCGCCUUCCCACCACCCAUCCCCUGGCUCUGAAGCCUUCUUCCUUCGGGGGUUUCUCAGCUGGUACCUUCCACCGCUCUUUGGCAUCCAGCCUAUCCAUGACACCACCUCUGGCUAACCGGGCUGGUUCCUUCUGCAGGAGACCUGUCACCCUUCCGUUCACGCCCUGGAGAGGACCUAGGCGACUCCGCUUCCAUCCUGGACACCUUUUUCCGCCGUUGGUUCUAGAGCCGAUAGUUCUGCCUGGUGGGCGGCCUUAGAGGGUAAGUUCUGAGGUCUUCCUAUGCAGUGGUAGGCUGGCAUCCAUUGGGGCUGGUAGGGCGGAAGGCAGGGAGCUCAACAGCAGAUGGCGCUAGAGCCAAUGAGAGGCACAGCUGUGACCAAUGAGAGGCAGUCCCGCCCCACACAUGGAUGCAAGUAAGAAGGCAGGCAGGUGGGGGUGGCUGAAGGGGGCUGAGAUUGGUGAGGCAGUGCCCCCGUUCUCUCCAAAUGGACCAGCCUCCACUCUUUCCUGUGGCUGAGUCAGCCUGCAUUGGGGGCUCUCGCCUUCAACCUUAGAGCUGGGAUGGGGAACCAGCAGCUGCAGGACCCUCGGCUCUCAUCAGGCCCAGCCAGCAGCGCCAAUGGUCAGGGAUGGGAUCCCUGAUUGGUUGGGUCAUGGGCCUAGGACGUAGGCGAGAAGCCUGUGGCCUUCCAUGACGCUUGAGUUGUUGGCGUAGCCUUACAGAUCUUGCCCCAGGGACUACGGAAGCCCAUGGCGUAAUUUAUUCAAAGUUUGGGUGCUCAGGGAACAAGGAGGGCAGUGUGGUAUUGUGGGUUGGAGCAUCAUACGAGGCCCGGAGAGAGGUCCGGGUUCAAAUCGUCGCUUGGCCCUAAAAGGUCACUGAGUCAGUCACAAGCUCCCAGCAUAAACUUGCAGGAUUAUUGUGAGAAUGAAAAUGGAGGUGUGGGGGGAGAAAGAGGGACAUGGGGUUCUUCUCUGUUUCAUUGGGUUUCUGUUGUUUUUUUCUUUUCAGAUUUGUGCCCUCUGCGGACAAGGCCUCCAUUUCAGAUAUUGCUUCCUUCCUGUGUGUUUUCAGUUCCCUGAGGCCUCCUCUUUCUUCCGCGCGGGCUCCAUCUCCCGGAAAUAUUACAUUAAAUAGCCUUUAUUUAUGCUUAA